AGCGACGAUGAAAUUGACUUUUUAAGAUAUAUUUUAUGUAUAACACACAGUAACCUGUCAGAAUGCUUCUCUUUGCUUCUCUUCUCAACAGUAAUGUUAUGGUUAUCGUGACUGCCAGAUAACGCAGCUAGGUAGCUCUCUAGCUAACAUUAAUCGUGUGGUUUAUUUCUCAGGGAACGAACGAUGGAGAGCCAUGAAAGUCAGACUCCAAGGCCCAUGUCCCUGGACAUUGUUGGAGACACAGGAAACAAUCAGAGCGGAGACCCUGCACUCUCAGAGGCGUCCUCUGCUCAGCCACCGGAGGUCGUCUUCCAGGAGGAGAGCAUCGACCUUGAUGGCGAGGCCUUCAUCACUCCGCAGGACGACAGCUCUUCUGAUAACAUGCUGGACAAGUUGAACGACCAGAUGAUGGAGAGCGUCAUGAUAUCGGACUCUCCCAACAACAGCGAGGAUGACACCGGCCACAUGGAGUCUCUGCUGGAGCAGUUUGAGGACGGAGAAGACUCGGAGCCCAAAGAGUCAGAGCGCGUGGAAGAGACGAAAGAAAAAGCCAUGGUUUCGCCUAAAAUAACGGUGGAGGCACCGCCGCCGGCAUUGGAGGACGAGGCGGCAGAUGAGGAACAGCAAGUGUCUGCGAUGGAAGGGGAAGUGGACUACACCAAGCCGUCGGAGGACACGCCCAGCCCGAUUAGCACAGAGUCGCAGGAGCCCCUCAGUGCUAACAAGGUAACACCGAAGGAGGAAGCUAUCCCAGUGUGCACUAUCUUCAGCCAAGGGAGCCAACAGAGGGCACCAGGCCAGGCUUUGGCACCCGAUGGCUUUCAGCCAGCACUGGUCAAGUCACCGAGCUUCAGUAGCAGCACGGAGGCCUCCAACCGACUGGCCCCACUGGUCUGUCAGCCGAGCCCCAGCCUUAGCAAGUUCUUCACCGACAACGGGCACGUCAACCCUGCCUCGGACUUCUUCGACUCCUUCACCACGUCCUCCUCCUUUAUAUCCGUCAGCAACCCCAACGCGGAGUCCAUGCUGCCGGCCGGUGUCGCCGAGAGCCAGCCCUCGCCUUCUGCCGUGUCACCGCCGGCUCCCCACACCACGCCUCGGAAACCCACCACCCCCAGCCUCCUCAUCGCUCCCCCUGCCCCCGAAUCGUCGGCCCAGCCGGGUUCCGCUGGGACGACCCUACAGCCGGCAUUCUCCCAGCUUCAGGCCGUUUUUUCUGGCAGUGACGAUCCGUUUGCCACGGCGCUGAACAUGAGCGAAGCCGACCGCAGGUAUGACGCAUGGCUGCCCUCCGACGAGACCCGGAAGGUUCUGAUCUCCGUGGCAACUCAGCAGCACAGUCCCGUAUUCGUGGAGCGGGACCGACUCUCCAUGCCGGGGCUCCGGUUUGAUAACCUGCAGGGAGAUGCAGUGAAGGAUCUAAUGCUGCGGUUUCUGGGGGAACAAGCGUCCAUGAAGAGGCAGGUCCUCACCGCCAGCUCGGUGGAGCAGUCCUUCGCUGGACUCAAGCAGCUGAUCAGCACCAAGAACUGGAGGGCUGCUGUGGAUCUGACAGGCCGCUUGCUGACGGCACAUGGCCAGGGCUACGGCAAGAGCGGCCAGCCCACCACCCACACCACCGACUCCUUGCAGCUGUGGUUCGUACGCCUGGCUCUGCUCACGAAGCUCGGACUGUUCCAGAACGCUGAGCUGGAAUUCGAGGCCUUUGGCAACCUGGACCAGCCAGACCUGUACUACGAGUACUACCCCACUGCCUACCCUGGGCGCCGAGGCUCCGUGGUGCCCUUUUCCAUGCGGGUCCUGCACGCCGACCUUCCCCAGUACCUGGGCAAGCCACAGGAGUCGCUGGACCGGCUGCACAGCAUGAAGACAGUAUGCUGGCAGAUUUUGGACAACUUGGAGCAGGGCUCAGCUGAGGACGGUAGCAUGAUCAGCAUGACUCAGGAGAACAGGCAAGCCUCUAUUCAGCUGUGGAGGUCACGUCUGUGCCGAGUGAUGUACUCCAUGGCAAACUGUCUGCUAAUGAUGAAGGACUACGUGCUGGCUGUAGAGAUGUACAACUCCAUCGUCCAGCAUGAGCCUGAACGGAAACCACAGCUACUCAGUGGCAUUGGGAGGAUAUUCCUGCAGAUUGGAGACAUCAAAACUGCAGAGAAGUACUUCCAGGAAGUGGAGACGGCAUGUCAGGCCAAGGGGGACAGCCAAAGCCUGGACACCUACAUCCUAACAAACAGGGCAUUCGUAUACCUCAGUCAGAACAGUUAUGCCGAGGCCCAUGCGUCUUUCUCUGAAGUUCUCAAAAUCGACCCCAAAAACCCAGUGGCGAAUAACAACGCGGCGGUGUGCCUGCUGUACCUGGGCAGGCUGAAGGAGUCCCUAGGUCAGCUGGAGGGACUGGUGCAGCGGGAUCCGACUCUCUACCUGCACGAGAGUGUGCUCUUCAACCUCACCACUAUGUACGAGUUGGAGUCGUCGCGCAGCACGCAGAAGAAGCAGGCGCUGCUGGAGGCGGUGGCCUGCCGAGAGGGUGACAGCUUCAACGCGCAGUGUCUCAAGCUGGUCUCCAGCUAGUCGCCGCAUCCCCAAAACAUUCACCGCUGCUGCAUUAAUACACAGCAACCCAAAAUGGAAGGUGUACAGUAAUCCUGGAAUACAGGCCCGCUGCCCAGGCCCGCUAAUUUCACGUAAGCAUUGUGGCAUCCAUCCAGUUGUGUUUUCGUGUGGAAUUUCCCCCAUCCCGGUGGGUGGGGGGCUUUUAAAUAAGCGAUGAAUGCCACUCGGCGUUGGCCUCCAUAAAAACGGAAUGUAAUAUACAUUAUUAAUCCACACCUGUAAAUAUUUUACUUUAAAAAGAUCACUAAAAUCUUGCUCGGGCAUCUUUUUCUCACUGUAAAGUUUCUGUGAUUUUUCGGCUAUACAUACUGUGUUGGUUGUGGACUAUGGAAAACAAAUGGAAUGCUAUCAAUCCAAAUAUACUUUUACUGGUGUUCAAACUAA